GUGAGUUGCAUAAGGUUACCAAAGGCAACAGUGACAAUGGAGGUUGUCUCGGACUCGGUCCGCGGUUGAGAACGCAGGCCGGUAAUGCUGCGUCCUCCUGGCGCUGAUGCAGCGGAUCAGCAGCCUCGCUGCAUGCCGGGAGCGCGGCGGCCUCGCGGCAUGCUCUCUCGGGCUCUGUGCCUGGAAGAGGGGCCCGACCUGCAGCGAGCAGCCGGCCGUGCACCGGCAGUGGGCGGGAGGAGGUGUGCGUCCUUUCACCGGGCUGUCCGGAGCUCAGGGCCGGAGGUUCGUGUUCGCCUGUCAGAAACACAGACUGUUCGGCUCACAGCCUGAAGGACCUGACGGGCCGCCGGGGAGCCACAGCGGUCAGCCCGAUGUUUCCGUGGUCGGUAUCCCGGACCCGAUCACAUGGAUCCGGUGCAGAGUUAUCAUGUAUCUCGUCAAACUGAUCUUUGAGUUAGACAUGAACUCAGAGGAGUUUGAGAGAGGAGCGAAGCAGGCUUUGGUCCACGUCUCCCACAUGAUGUCCAGUGGAAGUUAUCACCAGCUGGUGGGGAUUGUGUCCCAUGAGAUGAUAGAUUAUGUUCAGACGAGGUGCAAGUCUCUCACCAAAGCUCAGAGACAAGAGCUGGCUGUCAAAAUGGAAGAUAUUAUAUUUCUGCUGCCAGAAGACGUGUCUGUCGUCGUUGAUGAAUACGGUAGAAAGUUCUGCUUCAUUGUCAUAAGGUUUUGGCUUCUGUCAACAUAUGAAGGCUCUGAUGACCCCGAGGGCACAAAGAUCUUCAAAGUGGCCUCCAGUGAAGACGGCAGCCCACAGAAGAAGAUAGUGACGGCUGUCUAUGAAUUCCACCGGGAGCUGACGAGAGGAGCUUUUCCUGACUGGACGGUCGAGACCGUUUGGCACUGGCACUGGAAACAGGCCGAGUGAUUUGACUCGACACUUAAAGGCUGUCAGGACACAACAGGGGAGUUGUGAUUGGCUCAAUUUACUUUACUUUAAACUUGAACAUCUGUGAGCAGGAGACUGAAGGAUCACAUGAAACGGGACCCAGAGUCACAACACUGAAGCUGUGCAAACACCUGAAGACCUCAGACCUACACCUAAUGUACAACUCUUCUAAACUGCCUGUGUCAGGUGGUUUUAGCUUAGAUAAGUUACAAAAUAACAAACACCGACAGAAAAACGCCACUCCCGGUCCAUUUGCCCACUUUUUUUCCGGAGCUUUCAAUCACAUCUCACACUCUUCCCCUGCAAUUGUCAUUUCUCAAUUUACAGUAAAUCUGUGACAACAGGUGCUUGUUUGUGGUCACUGUUGUCACAUGACCAAAGUUUAACACUUACUGUAGAGCACAUGAGAACAACUGAGCCUUCCUUAUGACAACUGAGAAAACUAUUCACUGAGGAAGACCAUGAGAUGUAGCUGAAAAUUCCAGAAAAACAACCUGAAGUGGAACUUUAUUUUCUUUUAUUGUCAAACCACUUAUCCAAGGUCAAGAAUGAACUCUGUUGAGUUUGUUAAACCAUUAUGUUGUAUCAAUAAAAUGCUCGAUCAAAGCACCAAACUGCACUGUGACCCUUUAAUUUACAAUGAAGUGAACAAUAAAUUCUUAGGCCUCUGCCUUAACCCUCUGAAAUC